AUGGGAACCCUUUCCACUGGACUUUGCUCUUGUUCAAACCUCAAUUGCGAAAGCUUGGUGGAAGUUGCAAGAGUUUUCUUCUGACUCGGAAACCAGAUGUUAAUGCUUCUUCACAGAAGAUUCCAUCAAACUGUUAUUGAAGGAUACAACAUAGGCACUUGCUUUUCAUUUGAAUGCUUACUUUUUAAUGACUUUACUGGAGAUACAUUUCAAAUCUGGCACCAUGAUAGCAAUGGAUGUGGACCCUGGACCUGCAGAACAACAACCUCUUCAACAAAGUGGUUCUUGAAGCUCUCUGGAGAAAUGAUUAACUAUUACCUUAAAUGUGUUUAUCAGCAAGACUGUUCCAAAGCGUUAACUAUCCAAACAUAGACACUGAAAAUGAUUAAGGGCUUUGUGUUCCUGUUUCAUAAUCUGCUGUUUACAUUUCUACUACUUACUCAAGCCUCUUACACACUGGAUUGUACACCAAGAAAAACUGUGAAUUAUGAAGAUGCAAACUUGAAAACAUUUGCUGAACAAGGAAUCUCCAAUUAUUCAACACUGCUGUUGAGUGAAGAACAUGGCCUCCUGUUAGUAGGAGCUAGAGAUGCCAUUUUUGCCCUCAACAUUGAAAACGUUUCAGACUGUAUUUCACAAGAGAUGUGGCCUGUUUCGGAACAGAAACAGAAAGAAUGCAUGUACAAAGGAAAAUCGCAAGAGACCGAUUGCCGUAACUAUAUACGCAUUCUCCACUGGUUAAAUGAAUCUAGAAUGUAUGUAUGUGGAACAAAUGCAUUUCAACCAACAUGUAAUAAUUUGGUUAUUAACAACAGCAAAAUCCUUCUAGAAAAAAAUCCUCAAGAAAGUAAAGGGAAGUGUCCUUUUGACCCUACUCAGAAGUAUGCAUCUGUAAUGGUCGAUGGAGAAUUUUACUCUGCAACAGCAAAUAACUUUCUUGGUUCUGAGCCUAUUCUACUCCGUAGCCUGAAGAACAACCUGAGGACAGAGUACAAGACUUCAUGGCUAAAUGAGCCCAACUUUAUAUAUUUGGAUGUGGUUCAAGAAAGUAAAGAUAGUACUGAUGGUGAUGAUGAUAAGAUAUAUCUAUUCUUCAGUGAAACUGCUGUUGAGUUCGAAUUCUACAAUAAACUACUAGUUUCGAGAAUUGCACGAGUAUGUAAGGGAGAUCUAGGUGGCCAGCGAACCCUCCAGAGGAAGUGGACCAGCUUCCUGAAAGCCAGUUUAAUAUGUUCUGCUCCCAAAAUAAACUUUCCAUUUAACAUUAUUCAAGAUGUCUUUGUGUUGAGGGCAGCAAACUGGAGAGACAAUAUUUUCUAUGCAGUUUUUACUCCACAGUGGGGGAAACAAGACAUGUCUGCAGUUUGUGCCUUUGGAAUGUCUAAAAUUCAGGAGGUGUUCAAUGAAGGGAAAUUCAAGUCACCUGUAACAGUAGAACAAUCUCGUAUCAAGUGGGUGACGUACAGUGGAACAGUUCCUGUCCCUCGUCCAGGUGCUUGUAUCAACAAUAAUAUCCGAAAGAGUGGUUUUAAGACUUCACUGGAUCUGCCAGACAAAACACUCCAGUUUGUUAGAGAUCAUCCUUUAAUGGAUGAUUUAGUGACCCCCAUCAACAACCAACCCAAAUUAAUCAAGCAGGGUGUGAAGUACACCCAGAUAGUUGUGGACAGAGUUACAACUGUCAACCGAAAAGAAUACGAUGUCAUUUUUCUGGGAACAGAUACAGGAUACCUGCACAAAGCCCUUAGUUUGGAAAGAGAUAUGUUUAUCAUUGAAGAGAUGCAGCUGUUCCUUUCUGCAGAGCCAGUACAAAAUUUACAGCUUUCUUCAGAAAGGGGUCAGUUGUAUGUUGGAUCCCCAUCACUGGUUGUACAAGUGCCGGUUGCUAUUUGCACACAAUAUAUCAACUGUUGGGACUGUGUACUCGCUAGAGACCCUUACUGUGGAUGGGAUAAAAUGACAGGCCAAUGUGUUUACAUUUCAAAGGAAAAUAUUGAUAUACAGAAUUUAGUUCAGAAUGUAGAUGAUGGAGAUCCUUCAAAAUGUCCUGACCAGGAAAUCUACAAAGCAGAAAAGCAGAUAAUUAUUCCUGGAAACAACAUGGUUUUGAAUUGUUAUCCUGCAUCUAACUUGGCUCAAAUGCAAUGGUUACACAAAAGAAGAGCAAUUCCUGCAGCAGGUUCACGAUACCACCACUUCAAUGUCGGCUUAAUAAUAUUUAAUGUUUCUACAGAAGAUGAAGGACAGUAUGACUGCCUCUCUGUUGAAACAGUGGCUGGCAAGCUAAUUUCACAAGUCUCAGCAAGUUAUUUUCUCUACUCGUCUACAUAUAAACCUAGAGUGGGUCAACAUCCCAUUCUAAAUAAGACAGAUGUUGGUGCUAAAUCAGCCAGUGUGCCAACUUCACCAGGCAAUACCUUUCGCAGAGGCAACUUACCUAUGAUACAAGAUAACCUUCAAACUGAAUUAACACUGAAAGGUUUCUUGGUACUUUUCAUCAUUAUGUUCAUACUACUUCUUACAUGGAAUAUUUAUAAAGGUCAUGUGCCGUUAUUAUUGCAACCACCUGUAAAUGAAAAUAGAAGAGUAGAAGCUACCAUUUUGAAUGACUUAGAACAACAGCUGGAGGAGAAAACACCAUUGUCAGAGGGUCCACAACUAAAGGGUGCUCUGAACAAUGUUGACCUUCCACUUACAAGUAUCACCAAUACAAAUUCACUUGUGACAAACAGCAACAAUAAUUCAAUGCCACUAGAGAAUACUAACUCCAGCUGUGCUAGACCAUUGUUUGUUUGUGAUGAAUUGGAGUACAUUGAUGCUGAUCAGACUGAAUCAGAAGAGUAAGACUAUGGAAAUGACAAAAUCAACAUGCUGUGAAUAUUGGAGAGCUACAGUUUUAAGAGAAAUCAAAAGGGCCAUUCAUAACUAUCUACUUGCAAAACCUUUCCCUUUGGCUUAGCAUGCAACUAUUACAUCUUAACUGAAUAUCAGAGAAUUGAAAGCCAGAGCAGAGCUACACCUGGGGUCUACAUCUCCACACCUGGAAAAAUAACAACAACUGAGUUGUGGAUUCUAUGCCCAGAGAUGAGGACAGUGCUAGGAAUAAUCAUUAUAUCUUCAAUGAUCAAUGGAACCAAAAUACAUCAGAAAACUGAGUACUCUGAUGAAACAGCACAAUGGAGUUGUGCUUAUGGAAUUGCAUCCUAACAAAUCUGAGUUCAGAAGCAGAUGAAGGAAGAGAAAACUGGUUUGGAAAAUAGAAAGUUAAAGGUGUUAGACUCAUGUAAUAUACAGGGGAAGAAAGUCUUACAAAGGAAGAAUCUAUUGUACAUGAUCAAGAGGGUAACAUAAUGAAAACUGAAAGUGAGUUGGCCUCAUGUUUUCAACUUUUCCACUGUGUUUUUCUGAAACACCAUAAAAAUUGUACAAUUCCACUUUGUAAAUAUUGUGAUCAAAGCUUUAGUAGUUGUUUUCAAAUUAGCAUCUUUUCAACAUGUAAGCAAUUUUUGUAUGAAAAGUGGACUAAAACAAAAAAUUGUGUUAAAUUCUGCACCAGUAGUUUUUAAAUCAAUUUCAGUAUCAAAUAUAACAAAAACAAAAUAUUUCUCAAGAAUAGUUUUAAAUGAAACAUUUUUGGAAGUAAAAGGGAAAAAACACGAUCUUGAUGAAGAGAUGCUACAGCAACGCAUUGUUAAAAUUUUACAUUAUCUCUGAAAAUCUUUAUAAAUAUGAUUUACAAUUUGGACUUGUUUUUAAAGUUUUUUAAAUUUUGGGUAUUUUACUAUCCAUUCAGAAAAAAUUCUGUACAAAGUUUGUGAUUAAAUGAGAAUUUAAAGUUUAAUCUUAUGCCAGAUACAUUUCCUUUUUAUAGCACUUCUAAGCCUAGGAACAUAUUAGAAGCGUGAAAAGGCUGUUCACCUCCACACCUACUUGCCAUUCAGUAAGAUCAUGACUAAUCUUUCAUCUUAGUGCUUCAUUCCUGCACAAACACUUUAUCAAUGAAUCUCUUAAUAUCUAAAGAUCUAUUGAUUGUUGUCUUGACUAUAGUCAUGACUGGUUCUCCACAAGCAUCUUGGUAAAGAAUUCCAAAGAUCACUACUUUUUGAGUGAAGGAAUUUCUUCUAAUAUCUAUUCUAGAAGAAGAAAUAAUUAAAUCCACAUCAACCCUGUCAAACCCUUAAGUAUUUGGCAUUUUUCAAUUAAUUUGACUUGUCUAAGUUGACCAGAACCUAGGCCCACACAUAUGGCAAACUAAUUGCACUCUUCUAUUUCAAAUAUAUUCUUCUUUAGUUGGGUAGACAAGACUAGUAAACAAUAUUAUAGGUACAGUAUUACCAAGAUCCUAAAUACUUGGAGCAAGAUGUCUCUGCUCUUGUAUGCAAAUUCUUUUAUAAUAAAGACAAGAAUACUGUUGUUUUCUGAAUUGUUUUGCCUUCCUUGUACAGAAACAUAAAUAGCCCCAGUAGUGAUUUGAUCUACCUACUUCAGUUGUGAUCCCAUCUAUUAUUAUGCAUUGAAGUAUGUCAUGUGAACAGAUGUGGGUUAGUUGUGAUGUCAACAAUCUUUUUUUUUUGAAAACCAAAUCAUGAACAUGUUAUUUAGGCUGCUUUAUAAAGAAUGACAUUUCAGGCAAGGGAGGCAGUGGAACUGUAUCCCUAAACAUAUCAGUGCCAUAAUCUUUUAGAAAUUGUUGUGUGGGCUUAAUGUGAAUCAGCAAUGAAGAGGAAAUCUACAGGUUACCUCAGUUAUUAUUGAUGAAGUAGAUUUGAACAAAUCAUGCCAGCUUCAGUAUACUUUAAUUCAGAGGAAUAUUAAUACCUGAUGUCUGUUGCUAAUUCUAUUUUCUAUAUCUGAACAAAAUGUCACGCAGGUCUCCAGAUACCUGCAUUAGGAGGAGCACAAUUUUUUUAAAAAAGCUCUAAAAAUGUCAAUUUAUGAAUAAAAAAACUGUUUUUACUUGGUGGGUUAAUGGACACGUUUUACUAUUUCAUAAAUCCCUCAGGUAUGUUUAAUAUUGUCUCACGUAUCAGCAUGAAGGAAUGGAACUAUAUUUAUCUAAUGACACAUUUCAUGAUUUCAAAUUACUAAAGUGCUGUCAAUAAAUUAUAU